CAAAAAAACGAAAGUGCAUGGUUAUCAAAUCACAGAGCAAUAUGGCUACUGCGUCAGAUCCUGCUCCUGUGAAGCAAUGGGAGACAUUGUUAGAAUGUUCCAUUUGCACUGAGACCUUAACUCAACCACGAACAUUGUCAUGCUUCCAUUCGUUUUGCAAACACUGUUUGGAUAAUUUUGUUGCCACUCACCGCAAAGAACUAGCAGUCAAAGCAAAAGCUAAAGUGCCAGAAAUCUUUGAAUGUCCGGCAUGCCGAACCGAGUUUCACGUCAAAGAAGGAGAAAGCAUUGAGGAAAUGCCAUCAAACCACUUCAUCAACAACAUGCUAGAAUUACUCACACUAAAACAACAAUCCCAACGUAUUAAAUGCCAGUCAUGUAAAGCCCAAGAGCCCGCCACCAGUAGAUGUAUAUCGUGUGAGAAAUAUCUGUGUGAAAAAUGUCUCACGGAUCACAACAAUUUUGCAGCACUCUCUGAUCAUGUCGUGUUGACACUGGAAGAAUUAGCAAAGCCAGAAAACCGAGCGAAGGCAAAAGGCAAACCUCGUUGUGAGAAACACGACAAAGUUCUUAAGUUCUACUGCGAAACAUGCAAAGUCCUUGUUUGUCGAUACUGCGUGGAUGUCAGUCACCCACGACCUGAACAUUUGUUUUUCCCUUUGGCAGAUGUUGUUGUACAGCACAAGGAAGCGUUGAAGACUUCGUCUGCCAUCUUCGAGCAACAAAUGAACGAAGCCGUUCAAAGCAAUCUGAAGAUAGAACACGCUAUGGAGGCCCUGAAGAAUAACAAAGCAAAAUCCAAAGACGCCAUUAUGCAUCAACAACAGGAAAUCCUAAAUGCUUUAACCAAAUUACUAGAGAAGGAAGCAGCAGCUCUGUUUAAUGUAGUCGACAACAAGUACAACCAAGCUAUCAAGCCCCUGAUGAAACAACAAGCCGACGUGAAAGAUUAUUUGGAAAAGGCAAAAAGCUCGCUGGAUUUUGCCAAAAAUAUUAUUUCCAAUGGGAGCGUCGACGAAAUUAUUUCUCUCAAACACGAGGUUGAAGAAAAAGCUGGUAGUAUUAAGAAAGAACGACCAGAAUUAAUGGGGCCAGUUCACAACGGCACCAUUGAAUAUCAAGCAAAACCAAGCAAAAAUACCAUCGAGAAUAUAAAGUUGAAUGACUUGGGGAAAAUUGGUACGUAUACGUACAGAUAUCUUUAUAAUUUUAAUUGCUAUAUAGCCACUAGUCUCAUUUAAGAAUCAGUAUAUUUUAAACCCUUCAUCAGUGCUACCUAUAAUUUG